AAAAUCUUACAUGGAGUCGAUUGGUAAAGCCUUUGUUUGUAUGCAGAACAACACUAUAUAUCAGUUAAUUGCAUUUAUGCACAUGUUGUUAUAGCUGAUCAUAUAUAUCCGCACCUGAUUAGUUCGUUUCUGCUCAGGGACAGGGACAAAAAAGGGGAGAACGUUGAAAUUCCAUUACUUGGGAGAGACCGCACAAACUAUGGUAAUAUUGCUCCAACUAUGUUCUAAAGAUUCCAUGACGCGGUAAGAUGUUAAGAAAUCCAAACAUGUUAAUUGACUAUAUAAUUAUUGUUCACACUUAAUCUCGCUUUCGACUUAACCCUUUAUUAGAAAACUACAUGGUCGAUGGGGUCAAGCAAACGAAAAGUUUAUGAUAAAAAUGUCCUUUAGUUCUUUUUCCCCAAAUCUACUACUACACUCUUUUUUGAACAACAAUCUACUGCUACACUUUUUUGUUAUCUAUAAAACAUUGACCACAUCUUCAGAUAGUCCUCUAUUCGAUAAGUUCCGUCUAGAGAGUUUAUUUUAGUGCAAAAAACAACAUAGUGCCUACUGCCUCCUACCUUGUCAGGAAAUGUUACACACAGACCUAUAGACAGUUACAUACGGACCACAUUUUUAGAUAUUACGCUGCUUGAUAAGCUUCGUCUCGAGAGUUUAUUUUAGUACAAACAACAACUUAGGUCCCCAUACGUGAUCAGGAAAUGUUACACAUCACUAUGUUACUAUAUUUAUUUCUUUCUCUAUGAUAUUUUUUCACACCCAUUGAUUGCACAGCACCACCAUUUAGAAAGAGGGUGUGAUGAUCUUUUGUUGUUUUUGUAGCGAGAAGCUCAAAGAAGGGGAAGACAUCUACAUCUAUCAGUAAGUGAUCCAGUUUAGUAGAUGAAUCACCGCUAUGGGUGUUUUUCUAUUCUUGAAUAGGCAUGUGGUUCUAUUGAUGGUUGUUUGAUGUUUGGUAUAUUGUGUUCUGAUUGUAGGUUUCCGCUGUGGCAAUUAAUCUCUGGCGCGCUGGCAGAGCCCCCAAGAAUUCAUCUCUGGCGUGGCCGGUUUUUUCCUUGUCAUGUUUCCGCUGUGGCCGUACAUGAAGUUGUUGUUCUGCUGCUAGCUGGUGCUACCCAUCUUCAACGGCGCGGCCUACAUCUACGAGGCGCACGUCCGGCACUACUUCAAGAUCGGCAACUACGUGAGCCCCAGCUACAGCGAGCACCACCGCCGGGUGCUGCAGAUGACGAGCCUCGACGUGUGCAGGUCCGUCGAGCGCUUCAUCGACACGCACGGGCCCGACGCGCUCGACAGGAUCAUCCGAGCUGCUGAGCAGGAAGCCAAGAGGACCUAGCAGCUUAGCGUGCGCUGUAACUUAAGGGAUUCAGUCCAUAGGGCUUCAGAAUUUAGAUGGGGUGAAGGCGAAGCAAUGUGAAUUGUUUGGGGCAAAAACUGAAGCAGCCCGAUGCUCUCCUACCCCUCAGUUCUGUCUAACUGCUUAAAUACUUCAAUUUUAUCCUCGGUUAUAUGACCUUUAUUCUGGUAGUGCAUUGAAGUUCUUUUAUGUUAGGAUGCUUGAGGUCUGACAUGCUACUGGUAGUGUAUUGAAGUUCUUUUAUGUAACAUUGGGCAGCAUUGACAUGGGGUUCAACAUAUUAGUUCUUGUGUUUCUCUU